AGAAGCUCCAGUGAUGCUACUUGCUGCAACCAGCCCCUGUCCUGUACACUGCUGCAUUUAACUGUAGUUUGGAGUCGCAUUUGGUUAAUUUUUCCUCCAGUAAAAGUCACAUUAAGUGGAGCCUCGUAGACUAUGCAUGCUGUCGGCAGGGUCAAAAGAAGGCGAGCCCGAAUGCACAAUACGGAGGGAGUCUUAAAUAUAUAUAUAUAUUUUUUUAAAGAUAAUGUAUUAGCUUUAACUUAGGUGGCUUUAUGAUAGUAAGCGGAGAAGGUAACGUUAGCUAAUGUUUGGCUAACGUGGAGUUAACCCUGUAUGACGGCUGUUGGGUAUCAACUAAUGGCGUUAAACAUCUAGCUAGCUAACAGCUAAGUAAAUUAGUUUGCAUUAACCUAACGUUAGUUGGUUAGCAGCGUAACUAAGUAACGUUUGCUGUAAUAGCCAUUAGCAGUGGAUCUGAGACAUUCCACUGUUUACACUAAGUUAACAUUAAUUGUAUCCACGGUAUUAUUCAUGUGGUGGUUUGAUGGGGCUUUUAAGGAUUAUGAUGCCGGCAAAGUUCCAGCUUUUGGCUGUUUUGGCAUUUGGACUGACCAUGCUCUUUAUUGAGAACCAGAUCCAGAAACUGGAGGAGUCAAGAGCCAAACUCGAACGUACCAUUGCCAGACACGAGGUGGCUGAAGUAGAGCAGCGUCACAGUGAGGAAGCUGGGCGGGAUUUGUCACCACUGGCAGAUAAAGAUGACAUGGUCAUCAUCUACAACAGAGUGCCCAAGACGGCCAGCACAUCCUUCACUAACAUUGCCUACGACCUGUGUGGGAAGAAUCGCUUCCAUGUCCUUCACAUCAAUACCACCAAAAACAAUCCUGUCAUGUCUCUACAGGACCAGGUGCGCUUUGUCAGGAAUGUCAGCUCAUGGAGAGAGAUGAAACCCGGCAUCUACCACGGCCAUGUAGCUUAUCUGGACUUCUCAAAAUAUGGGGUGAAGGGUAGGCCCAUGUACAUAAAUGUGGUGAGGGACCCCAUAGAGCGCCUGGUGUCUUACUACUACUUCCUGCGUUUUGGAGACAACUACAGACCCGGGCUUCGGCGACGGAAACAAGGAGACAAAAAGACCUUUGAUGAGUGCGUGUCAUCGGGGGGGUCUGACUGUGCUCCUGAGAAGCUCUGGCUGCAGAUCCCCUUCUUCUGCGGCCACCAUUCAGAGUGCUGGAAGGCAGGCAGCAGAUGGGCCCUGGAACAGGCCAAGGCCAACCUGGUGAAUGAGUACCUGCUGGUGGGAGUGACGGACGAGCUGGAGGACUUCAUCAUGAUGCUGGAGGCAGCCCUGCCGCGCUUCUUCAGGGGAGCCACAGAGCUCUACAGAACAGGAAAGAAGUCCCAUCUGCGAAAGACCGCUGAAAAGAAGCCCCCCACCAAAGAGACGAUAGCCAAGCUGCAGCAGUCCGACAUCUGGAAAAUCGAAAACGAGUUUUACGAGUUUGCACUCGAACAGUUUCAGUUUGUGCGUGCUCACGCUGUCAGGGAAAAAGAUGGGGAACUGUAUGUCCUGGCUCAGAGCUUCUUCUAUGAAAAGAUCUACCCCAAAGUGAACUAAACAUGUAGGUAGAGAAGAGAGACGCGGGCUGCACAGGAGCUUUCCAGGACUCUGUUAGAAGUCGUUUACACUGGGAGGAAGUUCAUCAAGAGAUGCUGGUCAACGCUUUUUCUGACCCUGGUACAGUACAGGAAAUCCCUUUCAGAGUGCACAGUGGAAUUUCUAUGUGGGAUGCGACUCAUUUUUUUAUGUGGAACAUCUGAAAACCCAAACACAAGCAGCCUUUGAUUCAUGAAGUUUGGGUUUUGGAUGGAGCGUCAACGUAAAAGCAGCAAGCCUCAACAAGUUUAAAACCAUUUUAAAAAUGUGUUUUUCUGACAUAUUCGAAAAGGACAUAAGCAUACCCAAAGCUGUUCAGCUCCCUGUUCAGCUCCCUGUUGUUGUAUUAUCUUUUGCACACUUUAUAUUUUAGGUGCAGAAAAUCUUGUUUACAAGUUCAAAAUAGGGGUGCGACGGAUCAAAAAACUCACGGUACGGCUCGGAUCACGUUUUUGAGUCACGGUUCGGAUCCAUUUUCAGAUCAGCUCAAAAAAAAGGGGAAUUUAAGUGAUGUAUGUAAAAUGUUUAAUAACUUUUAACAAUAUUGACUUCUUGCACCAGUAAUUUGCUGUUAAAUGACAAAAACUGUAUUUUAAAAAUAAAGCGUAUUUUACAAUAAC